AUGCAUUAUAGAAGUGCUAGAAAACACAGCUGCGUAAAUAAACAAACAGCACGGGUGACCCGCAUUCCCGCUCGGACACUCGCGCGCGGGCCCGCGGUGUCCUCGGGGUGCCAGCUGCACGUGGACGCAGGGCCCCAUCAGGCCGCCAGGGGGCGGCAGAGCGCAGCGCGCCGCCGGUCCGUGGAACGGAAGCCCAGGAAGGCCGCUUCCGCCCGGUGCCCACUUCCAAGAUGGCGGCGGGGCGGAGCCAGGGCAGGGCGGACGGAGCCGGCGAGCGGGAUGCUGUGGGCUGCGCUGGGCGGCGUGCCGAGGGUGCUGAGCCGCGUGCAGCCCCGGGGGCCCUGCCUGAGGCGGCUGUGGGGCCGCGGGGCCCGUCCAGAGGUCGCGGGGAGGCGGCGGGCCUGGGCCUGGGGCUGGCGGCGCUCAAGCUCCGAGCAGGGGCCGGGGCCCGCGGCGGCUCUGGGGCGCGUGGAGGCGGCGCACUACCAGCUCGUCUACACCUGCAAGGUCUGCGGGACUAGGUCCUCCAAGCGCAUCUCCAAGCUGGCCUAUCACCAAGGCGUGGUCAUUGUGACCUGCCCCGGCUGCCAGAACCACCAUAUCAUCGCGGACAACCUGGGCUGGUUCUCGGACCUGAAUGGAAAGAGAAAUAUCGAAGAGAUCCUGGCGGCCAGAGGCGAGCAGGUGAACCGUUUGGCAGGUGAGGGGGCCCUGGAACUGGUUCUGGAGGCUGCAGGGACCCCCACAUCCACUGCUGUUCCAGAAGCGGGUGAGGAUGAGGGUCCCCCCGGCCCUGGCAAGACAGAGCCGAGCUGACCUCCGUGCUCCCCGGCACUGUGGGACUUCUGCCUUCCAGAAGGAUGUUUUGGCCCUGGGCCUCUCUGGACAUGGCCUGUUUUCUAUCAAUAAACAGACAUUACUUCCA